CUGGAAACCUUGGUUUUGUGUGUGUUUUUUUCUUUAUUUUUUUAUUUUCUUUCCCGUUCUUUUUUCAUUCACUAGUGUCGAUGUCUUCUGGUCGAAAAAAAGUACUUUUGAAGGUCAUCAUUCUUGGUGAUAGCGGUGUUGGCAAAACAUCGCUGAUGAACCAGUAUGUGAACAAGCGGUUUUCCAACCAAUACAAGGCUACCAUCGGUGCUGACUUUCUAACUAAAGAAGUGCUGGUGGACGGUCGGGUUGUUACCAUGCAGAUUUGGGAUACAGCCGGUCAGGAAAGAUUUCAAUCCUUAGGUGUGGCUUUCUAUCGAGGGGCCGACUGCUGUGUUCUGGCCUAUGAUGUCAACAAUAGUAAGAGUUUUGAGUCACUAGAUCAAUGGCGUGAUGAAUUUUUGGUGCAAGCCUCACCCCGAGAUCCUGAACAGUUUCCGUUUGUCUUGCUCGGUAAUAAGGUUGACGUCGAAGAAUCUCGGAGAAUGAUUUCCCAAAAACGGGCCAUGGCAUGGUGCCAAUCGAAAGGCAAUGUGCCAUACUUUGAAACGUCGGCCAAAGAAGCGAUUAAUGUGGAGCAAGCGUUUCAGACCAUUGCAAAGAAUGCUUUAGCUCAAGAAAGCGAAGUGGAUAUUGAAUUUCCGGACACCGUUAAUAUACCCAGUGGUGAACACACACAUGAUCCUGGCUGUGCUUGUUAGGAAGAAUAGAAAGAUGCGUCAAACCUGCCGCUGCCUUUUUUUUUGUUGUAUACCUGAUACUUUUAUUAGUCGCACGAUGUUUGUGCAUCAAAAAACAAAAAAAAAUGUGGUGGCCCUAUUUUUUUUGUGUGGGCUGCGGCAAUAAAACCCCGAAAAAAUAAAAGUUGGAUCUCCGACCUUC